GCAUUGCAUUCUAUACCCCAUUAGCUUCUAGUACUGUUCACUGUUCUGUUAAGUAUUUUUUCCUCUCCACCAAACCAUCAUUAAAGGAACAUUUGCAGAAAAGCAGUUGUGUCUCCAACUUGCAACCCAAGUAUUCCUCCUGAUUCACCUUAACACUAUUAUAUAGCCUAUCGGCUACCUGGGUUUUAAAACGACAGUAACGACUUCCCGAAGAGAUAUCCUUUUUUUUUUGUCGUCAUGGAAUUCACCGCUGGCCAAAGCUCCAAGGUGGAGCGCGACAAAUAUUCGCCGAUGAAGUCAGAAACUCCUUCAAGAUCUAGUCCAAAGACAAGCAGUAGACGCUCGAGUCGUUCGGAUGACAAUUCAAAUAAAGCGCCUGUUAAGGAAUCUCAAAACCAGCAAAGUGUGAAAAAUCCAAAUCCUAUGACACAUCCAAGUUCAAGUUCUGUAGCCAAAAAAAGAAAACGACGUACAGUCAUAAAAAAUGUUGAUUAUUGUUCCGCAUGCGGUGGUCGCGGUUUGUUCCUUUGUUGCGAAUCUUGUCCCAGAAGUUUUCAUUUGUCCUGCUUGGAUCCGCCGAUCACAGAAGACGAAAUUCCAGAUGGAUCCUGGUACUGUACUUCAUGUUCUAUGACUCAGCAUGUACCUCCAAAACAGCCUCUUGGUUUAUGGUCCCAGCUUUUCGACUGGGUUGAUUCGGCAAAUGUUUCCCAAUAUAACUUACCCGAUGCAGUAAUUCAUCAUUUUCAUGGGUUAAGUCGAGAUUCGGUUGGCAAAUAUGAAGAGCAAGAGGACAUUUCUUUAGACACAUCAUCUUCUCUUUCGAAAGACUCCUCUAUCACUGCAUUGGCUUACUGUGGUCACUGUAGUAAACCUUCUUUAGGUGCUUGCAAGGUUUUUGGAUGUCAAGUUUGUGACACGUUCUACCAUUCCGGAUGUUUUAAACAUGCGAAAGCUUGCCGCCAUGAAGUUGCUAGCAAGCAUGGGCUUCGCAUGCCUCAAAAUGCCGUUGUUGUACGUACACCCGCUUUACCUGACAAAACCGUGCCUUCUGAUACUCCCACCUUGGUGUCAGGUUGGCAGCUUGCUGUUAAAGAAGAUAUAUCUAAUGAUGACUACGUAAACUUUCCAAGACUGCCGGUCAGUUGUCUAUACAAGGUCUCAGUUGAUGGUCUCAUUAAGGACUUCCUUUAUACAGUCCAGCAGCAAAACAAAAGUACAGGAGAGCUUCGUGAGAUGGAUGAGAUUCAGCCUACCGUAAAGAGUACGUUAAUGGCAAGACGAAACCACCCAAAAUUGCCCCAGACCCUUAGAGAAAUGUUCCUGCAUUCCCAAUGAGAGGCUUCAACUUCUUGAACUAAACUAUUUACUUGGUAUUAGGUAUACAAGUUUAACUCAUAAUACUUUGCUUGAACGCUAUACUUAAUGAAUCUGUACAUUAUCCAAUUAUUUUUCGGGCAAGAUUUCACUUUUAAGAUUUUUAUUAUAUGUCUACAUAAUAUUGAUAGCUCAUUCUAGUGUAUUUUAAAAUAAAAAGAUAUAUCGAAAACAAAGC